AUGAUAUUCUUUGAGAUGUGGAGAGGGGCUGGGACACUUGUGGACAGAAUUGAUUAUACAGACAUGAAGAAAAACAGUCUUGUAGUGCGCCUGAAAAAUGGAUUGAGUUGUUGCAGGUACAAAGCAGUAGACUAUCAGCAAUUACAUGCAAUUACUGAAGCAAAAAAACUAGAGUCUGCUUCUAUACAGUUAAAGAUAAAAAAAACAGAGCAGACUUCAAAAACAUCUAAAGACCAAAGGCUAAGAAAGCAACAUAAGAAAGUAUGGUGGCAAGAGCACAAAAGGCUCCAAGAAAUCAGAUUUAAAACAGAAUCUGAAAUAAGAAGUUUUCUUGAUGAAGAAAACACUGAAAAUGAAUUUCAUUUCAACCUCAAGGAUUUUGGACUUGCAUUAUCAGAAGACUGGAAUAAAUAUCUACAGAAUGUACUAGAACCUGUUUACCAAUUGAGAGAAGAUUUGAAAUGUAAAUCUGAGGUGCUGUGUGACAGUUCAAAACUAUCUUCAUCAGAAAAUAUACAGGAUGCACACAAGAUAAUAAAAGAGGUUGAAUUAGUAAGGAAACAACUGAAGAUCAUUUUUAGAAGACUUACCAAUGAACAAAUGCUUUUGGAAAAUGACGUUGUGUAUUGUGGAAUAGAAGAAUCAUUAAAUCGUCCUUCAGAAGAAAGAAUUGACCAGUAUCAUGAACUCCCUUUGGAGUUACAAACUUUGAGUUGCCCAUACCCAGAUUUGAAAUCUUCAAUACUUAAGGAGUUUUUAAAAUUUACAGCCGAAUACCAGAAGAAACUUGAAGAGUUUGAGAAAAAUUUAAAAACCAUACACAGGAACUUUAAGUUGAAUGAAGAAGACCAGUGGAUUUACCAGACAGUUGUAGAGCAAUAUCCAAAAGAUAUUCAGGGAAGAAGAGCUCUGUAUUUGGACAUGUUACAGAAACAUUUACCUCACAGAUCUAGGGAGGAGCUGGUUACACAUGAAGAAUACUGGAACCAAUAUUGUUUAAUCAGUGACCAGAAAAGAAUUUUCUUAUUAAACUGGGCUAAGGAUAAGAAAGACUUUGUACAAAAAGCUCUAACAACCAUUGCCGAAGCUUCUACUGCUCAUGAAAUAGAGACCAUUUUGGCCCAUGACAGAAAAAAGCAACUGGAACUCUGUGCUGUUCUGAAAGAAAAGGUUCUUCAGUGGCGAGCACAUCAAGAGGAAGAAGCAAAACUAGAUUAUAACAUUAUUAUCAGAAGGAGAGAAAAAGAAAGAAAGGAAGAGAAGCUUCGAAGGGCAAAGGAAAUCUUGCAGAGAGAAGAGGAGAAAAAAAAAAUCAAAGAGUACUGGGCUAAAAAAGAACAGAAGUGGCAAGAAAUAGAAAAGAGAGAUAUUCAGCGCUUGGAACAACUGAGGAAAAUAUUGACUGAGCAAGCAAUUAAAGACCAAAAAAGGGUCAAAUUUAGACAAGAAUUAUUGGAAAAACGCUGGACCGAGAAGAAAGAAAUAGCCAUUAAGGAAACAAAAGAACAAGAAGAAAGAGAGAAGAGGCUUGAGGCCCUCAGGAAACAGGUUUCCGUUGUGGCCCAAUGGGAUCCUGUUAGAAUGAUGGCAGACACGUUGGCCUCAAAAGCCAAAAGGGGAAUUGGAAGUGAAGAAGAAUUUGUUCUUCAAAAGCCACUCUUCAAAUUGAAUACAUAUACAGAACCUCAGAUAAUUUCUGACCCUAGACUUCGCAUUGAAUUAGCUCUUCGAGAAGCUGGACUUCAUAAAACACUUUAUGCAAAAGAAAUCCUACCAAAAAUUUGUCCUUAUAAACUUCCAAGAAAAGACAUGGCAUCUACUAUCUUUCAGAUAUAG